CGACGUGGCCCAAUUACAAUUGACUCCAUCGGGCAGUUCAUUGGUGACGUUCAGGGCCCAAGACCGUAAUGCACUUUGUUGUCGUCCCAUCCGACCGCAUUGGAGACGAACUAUUAUACGCUGCCUCACCAUGACUGUCCAAUGCGACCUCUGUGUCACCAGAGAAACAAGCAUAUCCUUCCUUUCCCUUUUAGUACUCUAAUACAUGAGGUACCCUACCCUGUUUCACACUCCUCAAUUGUCCAUAUUUUGUAUCUUUUGUUCCUCGAUUUCCCUUGCCGCCCCAUACUUUUCCGUGCAUCGAGCCCGACAAGCCGGCUUGUCAAUUUCCUAUUGUCCCGGUUCUCGUCACAUCACGCGCCAGUCAGCCUCGCCCAGGCUUUCGAUAUAUGAUACGUCAUUGACCGGGGAUCAUGGCCGGUAAGAGUAAGAAGAAGACGAAGAACAAUAAAAACAAUAACAAUCGCCCUCCCGUCGGUUCUGCACCACCCCCUGAACCUGAGAACAAAGACCUCGUCGACCCUGCCCCGGAACCGGCAGCAGCCGCUGUUGAGGAUGUCUUACAAACUAAAUCUUUCCAAUUCUACCCUGUCACCUAUUCAACGACCGAUCUGACCGAGGGCCAAAACCAGGACAACAAUGAGCCCACCGCCGCCGAACCGGAGAAGGACCCUGCCUCUGAAGAUCCCCCUGCCGCUGAGCCAAGUGGCGAUGACAGCCCGGCCGCUGAGCCUACAGAUUCCGCAGAGGCAGGACCAGCCGAGACUCAACCCGACGAGGCUGCCUCAGAAGCUAAGGAAGAGGGCAAGGAUGAGCCAGCACCAGAUGCAGAGAAUCCCGACGAGGCUUCCAAGGAGGCUGCCGUAGAAGACGCGAAACCCGACGACGGUGCAGCGCCUGAAGAGGAAGCAAAGUCUGAAGAGGAAGCUAAGCCUGAAGAGGAAGCUAAGCCUGAAGAAGAAGCAAAGUCUGAAGAGGAAGCUAAGCCUGACGAGGAAGCCAAGCCUGAAGGAGAUCCAAAGCCCGAAGACGACUCAAAGCCUGAAGAUGAAUCUAAACCCGAAAGCGGUGCAGCGCCCGACGACAGUGCGAAGCCUGAAGAGGAAUCUAAAUCUGAAGAGGAAUCAAAGCCUGCAGAAGAUGCAAAACCUGAAGGUGGAGAAGAUGCUCCAGCAGGCGAAGGCGCGAAAAAGGAAGGCGAUAACGGCAACAAUGAUGAAGAUUUCCCAGAUUUUGAUCUAGACGUAGAUCCCGAGGCAGUAGCAGCCGAGAAAGAAGCUGCUGCUAAAGCGGCCGCCGAAGACGCCCUAGAGAAUGGCGAAGAUCAACCAUCUGCCGAUGCAAGCCCUCCUCCGGAGGAACCAGCGGCACCCGAGCCAGCCGUGGAGGAGGCAAAGCCAGCGGGCAAGGAGCCAACGCCAACGCCAGAACCAGAACCGGCCACCGAGCCAGAGCCAGAGCCAACACCGGAGCCAGUGGCAGAACCAGUGGUAGAGGCGGAGCCGGAGCCAACGCCAGAGCCAGCCGCCGAGCCAGAGCCAGAGCCAACACCGGAGCCAGUGGCAGAACCAGCAGCAGAGCCAGAGCCAGAACCAACACCGGAGCCAGAGCCAGAACCAACACCGGAGCCAGUGGCAGAACCAGCAGCAGAGCCAGAGCCAGAGCCAACGCCAGAACCAGCCGCCGAAACAGCGCCGGAGCCUGAAGCUGAGCCUGAAAAGCCCGUAGAUAAUCCUCCUGACACCCCAGCCCCAGAAGAGCCAACAGCACCCGAGCCACCCGCGGAGGAGCCUAAGCCAGAGGAAAAGCCAACGGGCAAGGGUAAGAAAAAGAAGGGCAAGAAGGGCAAGGCCUCCAAGGCAGCCGACGUAGCCGAGGUAGCCGAGCCAGAGCCAACGCCAGAACCAGAACCAGCGGCAGCGGCAGAGCCAACACCAGAACCAGCCGCUGAAGCAGCGCCGGAGCCUGAAACAUCAACUGAAACAAGCGAACAACCAGCGGAAGCAGAGGCGGAGACAAAACCAGAGGUCGCACCCGAACCAACAGAAGCACCAGCAGAAGAGCCUGAACCUGCUCCACCUGCAGCAGAAGAAGAAAAGGCCCCCGAAGAACCUAUCAAGGAAGCAGAACCGGAAGGUACGCCAGUUGAGGAAACACCUGCUGCCGAACCUGAAGCUGCUGCGGAGGAGAAGGUGGAAGCUGUAGAGCCCGAACCGGUCGAGGAAACCCCGAAAGAGGCACCCGUCGAAGAAAGCACUCCAGCCGAGCCUGCGCCCGAACCCGCUGCUGAACCCGUUGCUGAGCCUCCCGCGGAGCCUAUCGUUGAAGCUCCUGCCGAGGAAGCUCCUGCCGAGCCUGCUCCUGAACCAGCUGCUGAGCCUGUUGCCGAACCUGCCGUUGAAGCUCCCGCCGAGCCUACCCCCGAGCCUGUUGUUGAAGCUCCGGCUGAGCCUGCUCCUGAACCCGCCGUUGAAGCUCCCGCCGAGCCUGCUCCUGAACCCGCUGCUGAGCCUGCUGCUGAGCCUCCCGCGGAGCCAGUUGUUGAAGUUCCUGCCGAGGCUGCCCCCGAACUCGCUGCCGAGCCUAUUGUUGAAGCUCCUGCUGAGCCUGUUGCUGAGCCUACCCCCGAACCCGCUGCCGAGCCUGUUGUCGAACCUCCCGCUGAGCCUGAACCUGCUGCUGAACCUGCUGCUGAACCUGCUGCUGAACCUGCUGCUGCUGAGGAGCCUGCCAAGGAAGCGCCCGCUGUCGAGGAACAGCCCGCUGAGGAGCCAGUCGAAGAGCCUGCACCUCCCGCACCGGAAGCCGUUGAGCCAAUUCCUGAAGCUACCGAGGCACCUGCCGCUGAAGAGAAGGAAGUGACUGAAGAUGCCCCCGCUGCGGCAGAUCCUGUAGAGACUCCUGUCCCAGAACCAGCGGUUGAGGAGGCACCUGCUCCUGCCCCAGUGGAAGAGACACCAGUGGAGGAAGCGCCCGCUGCCGAGACAGCCGCCGAAGCUGUAGUAGCACCGGAAGUCGUACCCGAUGAGGCACCAAAGGAGAUUCCAGAGGAAACACCUGCUGACGAGCCAACGCCCGAGCCAGCUCCUGUCGAAGUUGCCCCAGCUGAGACCCCGGCACCUGAGGAAGCUCCGGCUGAACCGGUAGUUCUGGACGAGGUCCCAGCUGAGACACCAGAGGCCGAUGUAGCUGCAGUCCCAGUCGAGACUCCAACGCCGGAAGAGGCAUUGCCUGAGACACCGCCAGAGGAGCCAACCCCUGAGUCAGAGGCUGCCAGAGACCUCCCCGCCGAAGACCCACCAGCAGAACCAGAAGCUGCCCCCGAGCCAGUCGCUAUGCCCGCUAGCGACGAAGUGGCGCCCGACGAGCUCGUACCCCCAGCAGACGCCCAGCCUGAGGUGGAGAUAAUCGACGCCGAGCCUCUCGACGAAAGCGCGGAAGCCGCAGCAGCCCGCCACAGCUCCCGACGCCGCAGAAAGCGCAGCUCACCGAUCGAGGGAGAACGUCGGCAGUCCAAGACAUCUUCCGAAGGCCGCCGGGAUCAACUCCAGCGCCAGAAGAGCGAGCGAGGCAUCUUCACCAACCGCUGGGCCAAGGCACUGGAAGAAGCACGACGCCAACACGACGAGAAAUCCCAGGUGCAACGAAAGCAGCGCGCUCUUGCCGAGGAGCGAGAGCGCAGCGGCAUCCCUGCUCCCGAGAAACUGAAGCGAUCGAAGAGCUCGUCCAAGGAGAAGGUGAAGGAGAAGGAGAGGGCAAUGGAACCAGAAAUGGAGGCCGAAGUCAUCGAAUCCAGACCCAAACGCCGCACCUCCGACACUCCCUCGAGCCAACCCCAACCUCUCGAGCGAGCCCGCUCAACUAGGACCUCUUCAUCGAAGCAGGUAUCAACAUCGGUGCCGACGCCCAAGCCCCGUGCCUUCCUGCGAUACAUGACGGAAGGCAAAUCGGAUACCAAUGGGCCUUUGCUACGCCUAAAUGCCACCAAGGCUGCACCGCCGAUUGAAAGGCCGCGCCGGUCAUCGACAAGUCAUAGCAGUGGCAGCCGUCACGAUCGGGCGGAGUAUGAAGAGGGACAGUCGAAUGGUCGGUCUAGUGGAUCACGGUCGCGACGCGACGAGGAGCCUCCUCGCAGUGAGCGUGUUGAGCGCACUGAGAGUAGGAGAUUGCGACGCUCGUCGACGGCUGAGCAUGGUCGAUCUAGGGAGGAGAGGAAGGAGAGGGAGAGGGAGAAAGAGCGUGAGCGUGUGCGUGAGAGCGAACGUGAGCGUGAACGGGAACGGGAAAUAGAGGGAGAUAAGGAGAGGGAGAGGGAGAAGAAGCCUGAGGGCUCCUCCCGACGUUCCAGGGAGACGAGAGAGGUUCGCUCUCAUCGUCGGCACAGGCGCGAGGAAUCGCCUCCCCGAGAGGAGUCGAAGCUGAAGGGUCUCUGGAGAGCCAUUGCUGCCCAUUGA